GAAAUGCCACUAUUGACUCUGUAACGACUCUGUUUACAAUUUUAAGGUACAAAGUACAAACUUGAUCGUCUCUCUCUGUCUUAGCGACUCCUUCCGCCGCCGCCAGCCACCGCUACCUCCUUCCCUGCUCCAACAUUCUCCGUUCAAGUUCACGCACCUCACAUUUUUCCUUUCAGACCGUUCCGCCCUGAACAGUACGAUUUUAGGGUUUUUAUAUCUUCGGAUAAAGCUUGAAUCUACUACGUUGUGUUCACUCAACUGUGUUGUGGAUUUUGAGUUCGAAAACUGUGAAAGCUCGGAAUUUGGAUUGUAAAAGCGAGGAGAAAUUAUGAAUGCUCCGGUUCUAGUUCUCAAGGACUCUUUGAAACGUGAGUCUGGAACCAAGGUGCACCAUGCCAAUAUUCAAGCGUCUAAGGCUGUUGCUGACAUAAUACGUACUACGUUGGGACCUAGGUCCAUGCUAAAAAUGCUACUUGAUGCAGCAGGAGGAAUUGUGGUGACUAAUGAUGGAAAUGCUAUCUUACGUGAACUAGAUCUUGCUCAUCCAGCUGCUAAGUCUAUGAUUGAAUUAAGUCGCACCCAAGAUGAAGAAGUUGGAGAUGGGACAACAUCCGUCAUCAUUCUUGCUGGUGAGAUGCUUCAUGUUGCUGAAGCAUUCAUUGACAAAAAUUAUCAUCCCACAGUUAUUUGCCGAGCUUAUAACAAAGCUCUAGAGGAUGCAGUUGCUGUUCUUGACAAAAUUGCAUUGUCCAUUGAUGCCCAAGAUCGAACUACAAUGCUCGGACUUGUAAAAAGUUGCAUAGGUACCAAAUUUACAGGCCAAUUCGGAGACUUGAUUGCUGAUUUAGCUAUUGAUGCUACUACAACAGUAGGUGUCGAAAUUGGCAACGGUCUUAGAGAUGUAGAUAUAAAAAACUAUAUUAAAGUUGAGAAGGUCCCUGGUGGGCAGCUUGAGGACUCAAAAGUUCUGAAGGGAGUCAUGAUAAACAAAGAUGUGGUUGCCCCUGGCAAAAUGAAGAGAAAGAUUAUUAACCCUCGUAUUAUUCUUCUCGAUUGCCCCCUUGAGUAUAAAAAAGGUGAAAACCAAACAAAUGCUGAAUUGCUCAAAGAAGAAGAUUGGAGCCUCCUAUUGAAGAUGGAAGAAGAAUACAUUGAGGAGCUCUGUAUGCAGAUAUUGAGGUUUAAACCAGACUUAGUAAUUACAGAGAAGGGUCUCAGUGAUUUAGCAUGCCAUUACUUAAGUAAGCAUGGUGUUAGCGCAAUCAGGAGGCUGAGGAAAACCGAUAACAACAGAAUUGCAAAGGCAUGUGGUGCUGUCAUUGUGAACAGACCUGAUGAACUGCAGGAGUCUGAUGUCGGUACUGGUGCUGGCUUAUUUGAAGUAAAGAAAAUUGGAGAUGAGUAUUUUGCAUUUAUUGUGAACUGCAAAGACCCUAAGGCCUGUACCGUACUGUUAAGAGGUGCUAGUAAAGAUCUCCUGAAUGAAGUUGAAAGAAAUCUGCAGGAUGCCAUGUCUGUUGCAAGGAAUAUAAUAAAAAAUCCAAAACUUGUUCCUGGAGGUGGUGCUACAGAGUUGACUGUAUCAGCUGCUUUGAAACAGAAGAGUUCGUCAAUCGAAGGCAUAGAGAAGUGGCCUUAUGAAGCUGCUGCCAUUGCUUUUGAGGCUAUCCCACGUACUUUGGCACAAAAUUGUGGAGUUAAUGUCAUCCGGACUAUGACUGCACUACAAGGAAAGCACGCGAAUGGAGAAAAUGCAUGGAUUGGCAUAGAUGGAAAUUCGGGUGCCAUCGCCGAUAUGAAAGAGCGCAAGAUUUGGGACGCAUACAAUGUGAAAGCGCAAACAUUUAAGACGGCCAUUGAAGCUGCUUGCAUGCUCCUGAGAAUUGAUGAUAUAGUUAGUGGGAUCAAGAAGAAGCAGGCACCUGGAGCAGGCCAGGCCCCUACAAAGCCCAAGGUUGAGACUGAGGCAGACGCUGACAGUGAGCAAAUCCUUCCUGACUGAGCAAUACAGUUCAACUGACACUGCUUUUUGACAUGAUGUAGAGUAGAUGUGCUUUUUUUAACUUUUUAUUGAUUGAGCUAUGUUUUAGUUUGUACCUUACAUUGUUUGCACUCUGCAAGAGCAAUUGUGAUUUAUAAACUUCUUUGAUGAUAAAAGAAAACAGAAUUUUCUUCUUAAUUAAUU